AUGGAACGCCCUAGCAGUGAGACCUUGGAGUCUCGAGCCGCGAGACCCAGCAUAGCCAGAAGGAUCUCUGCCACAGCCAUGGGCGGCUUGCACCUUCUCACUAGCGACACUGAACUCUCUCAAGACCGAGACCACGACGAGUACAUUUCGCCAACGAGGACGUCCGUCAGAGACCGCUCGAGAUCUCUCAGCAGGAGUCUCAGCGUUGCCAGCUCGCGCAGCAGCAACUCGUCCAUCUUUUUCGGCCGGCCGAACUCACUGCCUUCCAUCACGGAGAGCGAGAAUGAUCCCCACGGCACUGAGUUCCGUGACCCGUUUGCGGAUCAAAACUCAAUAGAAGGUCAUUCUGCUCCGCGUGAAGCUCAGAACCCGUUCGACGACAACAGCAGUGGCGAUGAAGGAACUGCCGUACAGGAGCUGGAGCCAGAACCGCCUUACCACGUCUUCACGAAGAAGCAGAAAUGGGUUGUUAUCGUCAUCAUCGGAGCCGCCGGAUUGUUCUCUGGUCUUUCUUCCAAUAUCUAUUUCCCAGCUCUCGAUACGAUCGCACGGGAUCUCAAUGUCAGCUCGCAGAUGGUUUCUCUGACCAUCACGUCAAGGCCAAUCUACAUCGCCUCGUUCGCCGUGUACAUCAUUGCCAACAUCGGACUGAGCUUCUCUCCCAAUUUCACAGUUCUUCUGCUCUUCAGGGGCUUGCAAGCCGCCGGAAGUGCCUCAACCGUGAGCAUUGGAAACGGCGUGAUCCAGGAUAUUUCUCCCCCGGCUGAACGGGGAGCAUUUAUUAGUUUCUACCAGGCGAGUAAGUCACUAUGGGCCCUAUCGCUGUUUCACACGCAUUACGGUGUUUUGCUCGGUGACUCGGUUUUAUCUCCUGUCCGAAACUUCAGCAUAGCAGUCGGGCCUGUGCUCGGCGGCCUGCUCGCCAACUUCCUCGGGUUCCGGUCCAUCUUUGUCUUUCUCCUGAUUCUUUCUUCUAUAGUCACCUUGGUGAUUGUGUUUUGGCUGCCUGAAACCAUGCGGAGCAUUGCCGGGAACGGCUCGCUUCGUUUGGGUGGCAUUUACAAGCCGAUCAUAUGGUACCUUGGCAAGGAGCCAGAGUACCUCGAAGACCCGGAUGAACCCAUUCCGCGGAAGAAGGUGACAUUGAUGACCUUUGUGGAACCGUUGCGGCUGUUGAUUCAGAAGGACAUUUUGAUCAACUUGGUGUUUGGUGGCGUGGUCUAUACCAUAUGGACUAUGGUCACGUCGAGCACCACCAUCCUGUUCAAGGAGCUGUUCGGACUUAGUGACUUACAAACGGGUCUCGCAUUUCUACCUAAUGGACUUGGAACCAUUGUUGGAUCCGCAAUCGUGGGCAAGCUAAUGACAAAAGACUAUCUCGAGAUGGAAGAAGAGUACAAGACAUCUCAUAACAUAACAGGAACAGAAAAGCUCUCAGGGAAGAACAUGCCCGCUGAGUUCCCCAUAGAGCGCGCCCGCCUUCGUCGUCUCCCCUGGAUCGUCCUCAUCUUCGUCGCUUCCACAGGCGGCUACGGCCUCUCCCUCAACUUCCCCUCCAUCACUUCGCGAUCAGGCUGGAUCGCAGUCCCACUCGUCCUCCAGUUCUUCAUCGCUGCGACCAGCAACGCCGUCUUUGCCCUCAAUCAGACCCUCGUCACCGACCUGUGUCCUGGAAAGGGUGCUAGUGCCACCGCGAUUAAUAACUUGGUCAGGUGCGGUCUGGGAGCUAUUGGCGUCGCGUUGGUAGACAACUUUGUUGCCACCACGGGGCCUGGCGCCGCGUUCUUGGGCUUGGCCCUCGUCACGGUUGCCGUUGGGCCGUUGGCGGUGAUACACUGGUACUGGGGACAGACUUGGAGGGCGGCGAGGAUGAGGGAGAAGACGUCGAACAACGAGAAGGCAUGA